AUGGAUGAUGUUAUUUUUGAGAAGGAUAAUGGUGAAAAAGUCAAUGGUGAAGGAGCAAACGUUAAUGUUGAGGGAGAAAAUGAUGAAGUUAAUGUUGAGGGAGCAAACGAUGAAGUUAAUGUCGAGGGAGCAAACGAUGAAGUUAAUAUUGAUGUCGAGGGAGCAAAUGAUGAAGUUAAUGUUGAGGGAGCAAACGAUGAAGUUAAUGUCGAGGGAGAAAACGAUGAAGAGGUUAGUGUUGAUGGAGUAGAUGAAGAGGUUAGUGUCGAUGGAGUAGAUGAAGAGGUUACCGUCGAUGAAGUAGAUGAAGAGGUUAACGUUAAUGUUGAUGACGUAGAUGAUGAGAGUGAAACAGAUCCAGAUUAUAGCAUGGGCAAUGAGGAUGACGAGGAAGAGGAUGGAGAUUUGGAAUAUGAAAUUGAUGUGAUGAAUUUAGGUGAUGACGUUGGUAUUAAUUGGAAGACCGUUUUACCUAAUGCUACGGCAGAAAAACCUUCAAAGUUGGAUGGUAAUUCCGAUAAUGGUAGUCAUUCAGAUGUGUUUCAAACUCCACCUAGUAGUGAUGCUGAAGGUGAUAUGGGAAAGUUUCCAAUCUUUAGGGAACCCACAAAACUUUAA